AUGCCGGAAGAGAAGGAAUGUGUUGCUGACAUGAUAUUGAAUUUGGUUCAACCGAAAAAUAUACUUGCAACUUUGAAACAUAAAAGACCCGAAAAUAUCUCAAAUAUCAAGCAAGUGUACAAUAUUUUGUACCAAACUAACAAGGCAUGGAAGGGGAAUAGAACUGAAAUGCAACAACUCUUGAAACUAUUGGAUGAUAACAAUUAUGUAUCUAGGUACCAAACAUGCGAGGACGGAGUUAUCGUUAGAGACAUAUUUUGGACUCAUCCUGAUUCUAUCAAGUUAUUCAACAUGUUUACCACUAUGCUCAUAAUUGAUUCAACGUACAAAACCAACAAGUACAAACUUCCAUUAUUGGAGAUGGUUGUUGUCAUCUCUACUGAGAAGACCUACUCUGACGGGUUUGCAUUUCUAGAGAGCGAAAAAGAGGAGAAUGUUAAUUGGGCCUUAGAGGUGUGUCGGACAAUGCUGAAGGACCAAGAAGAGAUGCCUAAAGUGAUUGUUACUGACCGUGAUACCACUUUGAUGAAUUAUGUUACAAAGGCAUUUCCUACUUCUUAUUCAUUACUUUGUAGGUAUCAUAUAACAAAGAAUGUGAGAAGUCGGGUUAAACCCGCGGUGAAGGAGAAAAUUGUUUGUGCUUGGACCGAUCAGGUUAGACACCUUGGAAAUACAACAACUAUCCGAAUUAAUUCUACUCAUGCUACAUUGAAGAAUUGGUUGGGAAAUAGUAAGGAAGAUUUGCGUAGAGAUUGGGAUUUCUUGUUCGACAACAUAUCUCGAGUGAGUUUGAAUUAUAUUUUUCACGAAGUUAAACGAGUUGAUAAUGUAGGUUCUGAUAGCAUAAAUGGUGGACGCAAAAUUGUGAAAACAUAUGGUCUCCCAUGUGCUUGUGUUAUUGCAAAAAAGGUGAAACUUGGUAGCCCGAUAAGAAUGGAUGAGGUUUGCACUCACUGGAAGAGGCUUAGGUUUGAUGAUGAUGGUGUCAUGAAAGACGAUAAGUUGAAUAUCUCUAUCUUCAUUGAAUGGGAAUUGAUACAAGAGAGAUUUUUGAAAGUCGGUGACAAUAUGAAACUCCACAUCAAAGAACAAUUGAGGAAGAUUUCUUAUCCGAAAACCACCAACUUGAGACCACCCUCUCAACUGUUUUUCUGGACUCACCAACUCCAAAAUCUCAAAAAAAGUGUUUUCAAAGGAGCUCGCAUUAGCAAACCACCUCCUUCACCGCCUCCAUCAAAGAUUCCAUUCAUUGACGAGAUGUUGGUUUUUAUGCACAAAUACAUCGAGUGGAUCAUCAAUAUUGAGGGUGACGGUAAAUGUGGUUAUCGAGCUAUUUUGGCUUUACUCGGUAAAGGAGAAGAUAAUCAUACACUUAUCCGCCAUCAACUUUUCCAUGAGUUGAGGACUCAUAAAGAAUCAUACACACAACUUUACAAAAAGAAAGAAAACUUUGAUGCAAUUUAUUAG